AGGGCGGAUCCGAGGCCCUGUGCACGAGCACGCAUUCCCCGCUAAGGCUGCCUUGGCCGAAAAGUGUUGAUUUGGACCCGGCUGACCGGGAGGAGUGAGGAGAGGGGGGGGUGGGUUGGUUGAUUAAGCGCGUCACAGGAAAACGACGUUUAUUAAAAAACCCAACCCAACCCAAACCAAGCCACAGAAACAAAACAGAAGUCAGACGGGGUGGUUGCGAAAGAGGAAGGGAAGCCGGCCGACCGACCGACCGACCGACCGAGGCCUUGGCGUCAACCGGUGACAAUGAGAAUUUGGUUGCUGCUCACUGCAUGGGCAAAAGUUCAAGAUUUUUAAGUGGACCUGACAAGUGCUCCCCAAACCACCUCAACAUAAGUAGAAGACAUGAAUCUUCAAAAUGAUGAGGCAACAUCUAGAUCCAUAUUUGCCUGGAAUUAUUUUUUGUGGGAAGUUCGUUUGGCACUAGUGGCCAUUGGCUUCUUUCUCUACUUGGGAAUAUUUUGUUUUUCACAUUUUUUGUCUUCAUGUUUGAGUAUAACUUACCGCUCAUUGCCAACAAAGGAGAAAGUCUUUUGGAAUCUGGCUACUACACGAGGCGUGUUCGGCAUUCAAUGUUUUGUGGCUGGCUUCUGGGCUUUACUUUUAGAUCCAGUUUUUCAAGCUGACAAGGUUUAUUCCCAGCAGGACUGGAGUUGGUUCAGUUGUCUCAUAGCCUCUGGCUUCUUUUUGCUGGAAAAUGUAGCCGUUCAUGUCUCUAAUUUUGUCUUUAAAACAUUUGAUUUAUUUGUGGUUGUUCACCAUUUUCUUGCCUUUGGUGGUUUUUUGGGUCUGAUAACCAACAUAAAAUCUGGACAUUACAUACCUUUGAUGGGAAUGCUACUUGAGAUGAGUACGCCUUUCACUUGCAUGUCUUGGAUGCUUUUAAAGGCUGGCCGGGCUAAUACUUUCUUUUGGAAGGCAAGUCAGUGGAUAAUGAUCCACAUGUUUCACUGCCGCAUGAUGCUUACCUACCAUAUAUGGUGGGUGUGUCUUUCCAAUUGGAAUGCUGUGAUGGAAAAUCUGGGACUCUUACAUUUUACUGUUGUAUUAACAGGAUUGAGUGCUGUUACCUUCAUACUUAAUCCCUACUGGACAUACAAAAAGACUCUUCAACUUUCUUCUCCUGUUGACUGGAAUUUUAGUGGUAGGACAAUGAAAAAUGGUUCAUCUGUGAAAGUAAAUGGAGAAAUAUUCCAGAAGAAGGGGCUCUGAAACUGACUUGGAUCUCUACGGGUAACUGUAAAAUCUGAUCAGAAAUAAAUAAAACACACAGCUGGGAAUAUGAAGCUGUGUCUAUCAAGGGAUCUAAAUUACUAGUUUCAAGUAAUGCUAUCUAAUUGGGAAUAUUAUUAACCUCAUUUAAUAAACAUUGCAGGUGUGUCCUAAAUGUUGAGCAUUCUUAGUCACAUGUGAGAAUAUUCUAUAAACCAGCAAAGUGCAGGAAAUAAACUGCCUUGUCUGUCCGUCUUUAGAACCUGCAUUGCUGUUUUCAGGACUUGCUAUUUUGAACAUGUCAGCUGUAGGACAGAUUAUAGUCUAGAAAGGAUUCUAGGUCUUGUCUCAAAGAAUGUCCAGUAUAGGGAUUACUUUCCCAUUGGAUUAGUCAAUCUAAAAUUGCACUUAUCUUCUUGGAAUUCUUUUUCAUGUAUAUACAAAUCAGUUUCUAUUUAAAGUUUGCUACCUUAUUUAAUGAAUGCCAAAUGCCAAUCCAGUUUAAUAUCUUAUAUGAGAAGGGAAGGGUAACAUUACAUUUUUCCCUAUAAAAGCAUCAAAAUGUUUAACACCAAUGCUAGAACAUUAUGAAGUAUAGUUUAGUUUGAAGAGUAAUUGAACAUUGAAAAUAUGGUCAUAAUUUGGGUUUAACAUUUUUAAAAAAUGUUUCUCUUUGACAUGCAAUAUUCUAUAGUGGCUAGUAGAAAAGCCUAUAUACUUUAAAGAUUAUUUCCAAUACAUAACAAAUUCAAAUUUUGAUAUGGCACUUCAGGAAAGCUGCUGUUUUGCAGUUUCAUUAUGAAAAAUAUUGAAGGUGGUUGAGCUUCCAGCUUUUUGCAUCCCCACGUUUUAGACAGAAAAUUUAUAAAAUUCUAUUAAGUUCUGUUAUUUUGUUAAUCCCAAUCCCUAAAAUCCAAAAUCAACUUAUAAAUCUUAAAACUUUUCUCAAACUAAGCAUUUUAAAAGAAGCAACCUAAUAGUUAUUCCACUGUUUAAUUACUAUAUAAGGAUUGCUGAAACUAAUCCUUAACCUAAUACUGUAUUGCAAUGGAAAGUUGUUGAACACUGCCAUCUAAUGGCAGUUAUGAUAUACAAGUAUCCAUCUUAUUUUAAACAAGCAUGCUAUAAAAUUAUCUGGAAUAUACAACUACUAUAAAAGAUAAUACAUUGAGUUUGGUAUAUAUUCUUUUAGUAUAGGUAAUAUAGAAUGCAUAAGAAUCUGAGAGUAAAGCUCAGUAUGGAAAUAUGUAAAUGAAAUACUUUGAAAUAUCUCUUUCUCUUCCUACCUGGGUAAAAUUAGUGAAAGACAAAUGAUAAGACUGCACAAAAUGUUAAAAGUCUAAAGUUUUUUCCAAUUUCUAUUUUUUCCCUGUUUAGGAAACAGUAUUACAGUUGCAAAAAUGCCAUUAAUAUAGAUGGGAUUGGGAUCAAAAUCCAAUCAGGGACAUUUUAGAAUGAUUAGAAUGUUCUCAUUGAUACAUCAUUUCUGGAGGAUAACAACCUGCCCAUUGUUAUUUUCUGUGAAAAAUCACAGAAAAAUUCUGUUCAGUUGCAUUUUUCCUGGGGUCUAAUCAAAGUGACUGGUCUUCCCAGUCAUAAUGAUUAGCAUUUAUCUAAUGAAUGAAGUAUAAACAUUUGUUUGCAAUCUCUCAAAAGGAUAGUGAUACACUUUUGAUAUUGAAAUCGCAGUUUAUUUUGUGACCAAGGCAUUGGAUCUCUUUCUAGAUAGUAGAGGUUCCAAACCAAGCAGCAAAGGAAGAGGCCACACUGUGAGUAGAACGGGUCUCUUUACUGGAAUCUCAGUUUGGCACGUGGUGAACAAUAGAGUAAAAGGGUUUCUAGCCAGCAUUACUGGCUUUUGCUAGACAGCUGGCUAUAUGGACUCAGCACGCUCCAUCCUCCUGUUCCUGGUUGCUCCUGGCUGGCUCCAGCAAGUACUCUUCAGGCCUGGAUGGCUUCUGAACUGACCGCAGCUGGCUUGCCUUCCUGGCUCCUCUCCCAGCAUGAGUCCCAUCACCCAGCACCCAUCUGUGGCCCCAUGCAUCCCCCUCCCCCUAUGCCUGUGUGGCAACUCCGAAACAGCGCAUUGUGGCCGCUUUGAACGGUGUGCUGUCUCGGACGUUGACAGUUUACCAGUUUCUUUGUUUUUAAUUGAAGUAGCAAAGUAAUUGCAGUUUGCACAACAAAAGCUUUUUAUUAAACAUUUGCAGCUUGCAAAAAUGGAAGCAAUCAAAUGGUAGAUAGUCUACUGGCCACUGAAAAAGUUGCAUAUAUGUAGUAUAUAUUAUUUUCCUAUGUUUCUGUUGGUGAGAAAUUGCACUAUGUAUGGAAUAAUGUCUAAUGCUUGAUCUAUAAUCAGGAGUAGUUAGUAAACAAUUUCAGAUACAUUUGAUGUUUAACCCAUAGCUUAGUUACAUGUGCAAUAGCCACUGUUUUUUUUUUUAAUGAGUUUAAUUUUUCUAGUUCACUUGCCAAUACAUAGCUUUGGACCCUUGAGGUCUUAUUUAUCUCAGUUGCCUAUAAUAAUUCAGAGUUUAGUCUAUAUUUUCCCCCUGACCAAAUCAGUACUGUGAUUUAGGUGGGAAUGCUGCUGCUAAUGAUUAUUUUGAUUAGAAUCCCUCUCACUCCUGAAUAUAUGUCAUUUCUGUUGUGUUCCAAAAGAGGUCAGGCCACACCUCCAUUAAAUUUGAUUUUUUUUUAUUCCUUAUGCAUAUGUAAGAUGUAUAUGUGUAAUAGUUUAUCCUGCUGUCAUAUUUGGUAUUUGGUGGCAGCCUUAGUGACCACGGGCACCACACCAAGAAAUGGAUGGGUAGAACGUGAGCAGCCAUGCAUUAUUACAUAAUCCUGUGAUUGCAGGUUAUGCGUUCUGACUAAAAUGUAAAAGAUCUCUGUUGCAAUGGUUCUUUGCUGCUUAGCACCAAAAAAAUAAGUAGGUCCAAGUAAUAGAAAUGGGAAUUUUGCUGGGGCAAUUGGUCAUAUUUGCAACAGAAAUAAGACUUUUUUUUCUCUCUUAGAGUAUUUUUUAAAAAGUAGAAUUGUUGGGAUACAGUACCCUUUUGAAAAAAUAUAGAAUAGCUGAGUAGAGUAUUUUUUAAAGAAAGAAUAGUGGAUGUUGGGCAUCUGCAGUAGUCUAAUAAUGAAAUCACAUGCGUAGAUAGAAUUUCAUUUUUUAUUCAAAUGUGAGAGCUGAACUAGAUAACAUAUGAGAAAUUGGGGUGUUUCAGCUAUGCUUUGUUCUUAAUUGCAAGCUAGUUUAGAUUAUUUGCAUUUUGUAAACAUUUCAGCUCCAAGUUCUUUUUCAUGCAAGUGAUCUUCAAAAUAUGUUUCAGUUUGAAGAAAAGUCAUCAUAUACACUUUGUAAUGAAGAAAAGUAGGAGGGGGAGGGAAUUAAGCACCAUUCUCUUUUCCUACUUGCCCUAUGAGGUAUUACAAAAUGUGGUUUACGACUUUCCUACUUAAAUAAUACUGAUAAAGUUGAACAUGAGAUAGUUGUUUGUACUCUUUGCUAUUGAGUUGUCAUGCUUUUAGUCUCCCUUACAUCUCCUUGCCAUCAACAACCAAAAAUUAUGUGUAUUUGGUAUAUUGAUUACCAUCCCCAGUUAUCUAUCAUCUGCAAAUGGGGGAUAGCUACUUCCUAAAAAUAAGAACUUUAUUUUUAAAGUAUUUUAUGCAGCAAAUAUAUUUUCUAUAGUGUUUUUUUUCUUGCUCCUCCGUAAUUGAUUGUGCUAAUAAAUGUAUUGCUUUCUUUCCUUUUUUAAAUUGAUUAUUUAACAAGCUUUACAGUUAUUUGCUUGCAGUUAAAAUAAUGGGCAGUGAAAUAUACUUUCUUGUAAGUAAAAAUAAAUAUUUUCUAGCAUUUUUAGUUAAUAUUUUUUUUGCCUAAUAUAUUGAAAUGCAAUUACCCAGAAGUCUGUCUAGUUUCAUUUCCUGUCAAUCACAGCCAGUAGCCACUCAGAUACUUCGAGAUAUCUGUAUGUGGAAUAAAAAAAGGCAUAGACUUCUUUGUGGUGCUACUUGGAGGUGUUGAUUGUGUAAUCCAGUAUUCCCAAAUACUAUAAUAGCUGUGAAGUUUGGAAAUUAAGUGUAUCUGGAGGGCGCCAUGAUGGGAAAGUCUGUAUUCAGUCUGGAACAGCAUUCAGUACUGCCUAAAUCAGUACUUAGCCAUUAACAGUCUUAUCCUCUGUGAUUUUAAAAAUGCCUAAGCCACUAGCAACUGCUGCCUUUUUGUAAGAAAGUAUACUUUCUUUUGUCUAUUCUGAAUUAAUUCCAGAUGAUUUCAUAUUAUCUGAAGUCUAGGGAGCUGUUUGUUCUUUAUUGUGCUUAAUAAACAUUUAUUAUAUCUCCA